AUGAAGUGGCUUGGAAUCCUAGGGCUGGUGGCCCUCUCAGAGUGCCUAGUCACAAUCCCUCUAACGAAGACCAAGACCAUGCGAGAAAUCCUCAGGGAGAAAAACCUUCUGACAAAUUUCCUGGAGAACACUGAUGACCCAUCCCAGAAUGCCACUGAUGACCCGAAUAUUUUUCUUUACCCCCUGAGUAACUUCAUGGAUCUGUCCUACCUGGGCCACAUCAGCAUUGGAACACCCCCUCAGGAGUUUAGCGUCGUCUUUGACACUGGCUCAUAUGACAUAUGGGUGACCUCCAUCAACUGCUUCAGUCCCUCCUACCGUGCACGCAAGUUCUUCGACCCUCAUUCAUCCAGCACAUUCCAGCUCACGGGCCGGCGCUUUGACAUCAAAUACGGCACUGGGAGGGUGAUUGGAUCCCAUGCCUAUGACACAGUUCGGAUUGGGAAACUCAUCAACCUGCGCCAGGCAUUUGGUCUGAUCAAUAAAAUGUUGCGUUUGGAUCAUAUAAACUUUGAUGGCAUCCUGGGCCUUGGGGACACCCGCCUUGCCCACCGAGGGAUGAAUCCCAUCUUCGACAACCUGAAGAAACUGGGUGUUAUUUCUCAGCCUGUCUUUGCCUUCUACUUGAGCACUGGGAAAGAGAAUGGCAGCGUGGUGAUGUUUGGCGGGGUGGACCACAGCUACCACAAAGGAGAGCUCAACUGGAUACCAGUGUCCCACACCCUCUACUGGCAGAUAAUCAUGAACCACAUCACCCUGAAUGGGGAGGUCAUUGCUUGUUUCCACGGCUGCCAGGCCAUUGUGAAUACUGGAACUGCAUUCCUUCUUGGCCCAACCGUAAUGGUCAAUGCCAUCCAGAAGCUCAUCGGCGCCAGGCCUGUUGGUCGAGAGGUGAAGUACGUGGUUCCAUGUAACUACAUCACAUAUCUGCCUAGUGUCAUCUUCACCAUCAAUGGCAUUAAGUACCCAGUGUCCGCUCGAGCCUACACCUGGAAGGAUCCCAAGGGCACCUGUCUGAGCAACUUUCAAGGGGGCACAGAGAAGUGGAACAAAGUUGAAACCUGGGUCCUGGGUGAUGCUUUCCUGAGGCUGUAUUUCUCUGUUUAUGAUCGGGCAAACAGCAGGAUUGGCCUGGCUCCUGCAGUAUAAAUCCUGGUGCUGCUUCAGGAAUCAAUCAGGCCCACUCCAAACACACACUCACUCACAUGUAGGGCACUCCUGCCAAGGGAUGGUUGUGGACUGUGUUUGGUUGUCUGUAAAGCCCUAUUUUAAGUAAAGAAUAAAGGAUUCCAA